AUGUCCCCGACGUUAUUCCAACUGAUCCUCCCGUCGACGCCGGGGCAAGCCGAGCGCCAGGACACGAGCAGCGCGGACAUCAUCUCGAGGCCAAGCGAGGAGUUCGACAGCGAAAGGGCUGUUCCCUCCUGGCCCUCGCGUGGGCAUGGGCCAACCGGCCAGCUGGCCGUCAGCCCAACCAGCGGCGUGGACCUCGAGACGGUCUUCGACUGCGAAGACGGCGAGUUCGAGGUGGUCUGGUCCGGGGAGGUGAGUGUACCGGGCACCAUCUAUAUCGGCAGCGGGACGACGGUCAACAUCUACGGCGAAGAUACCACCACCACCACCACCACCACCACAAGCGGCAUAGGUAGCACGGGCUUCAGCAGCUUCAGCGGUGACGAUGAGCUAUGGAGUGGGUUGUCCCUCCCACGCGAUGAUCUCUCGUCGGCUGUGGUGGCCGGCAGCGGCCUGUCGGACGGACCCAUAUUCUUCGUCAACGGUGGACAGCUCUCCCUCAACGCCUUGGCCGUGCGCGAUGGCAACGCGACCGGUGACAGCAACGCGACCGUUGACAGCGGAGGUGGCGUCCACGCGGUACAGUCGAAUGUGACGAUCACGGGCUGCUUGUUCGAGAACAACUUCGCCCGGGUGCUGGGAGGCGGAGUGCUGGCCAACCUGUCGAUGCUGACCGUCGUCAAUUCGACUUUCAGGGGAAACGCUGCGGGGCUUAUAUCAUUCGCCGGGCAGGACGAAGAUGAGGUUGAGGGGGCUGGUGGCGGCAUCGCGGCCAAAGACUCUACUGUACUGGUCGAAGGCUGCUUGUUCGACACGUGCUAUGCCUCCAAGAAAGGGGGUGGCCUUCUACAUGAGUCGGGGCAGCUGUCGGUGGUGGGCUCCUUGUUCUACAACAACUCCGCCGGGAGCGACAAUCAAGAAUCAAAGGAUGAGAUAGGAGAGGGUGGGGCGGUGGCGUUGACCGCUUGCACGCACUCCUCCGAUACGCCGGCAGCGACAGUGGCGCCCUGCGAGUUCCGAGACACGGUCUUCUUCAACAAUUCCGUGGCGGAAAAGGGCGGUGCGCUGGCGAUCGCGGCCGGGGAGGAUGACAAUCGCCCAACGGUGGAGCUUCACGGGUGUGUGGUUAGGAACAACACGGCCGGGAAGGCGCUGUCGGACGACCCUCAGGGUGAAGGGGGCGCGAUUGUGGUGGGCGCGGGAUGCGCGCUCCUCCUGUCGGACUGUCUCCUCGAGAAGAACUGGGCCGGAAAGAAGGGCGGGGUGGUCAACCUGUCGGGAGGGACAGACUGGGACGACGACCUCGGUGCCGUUCUCGUCGUGCAAGACUCAAGGUUCGUGUCCAACACGGCCCUGCUCAACAACGCCGGCGGGGUGACCAUGAACAAGUUCACCAACACCACCAUCGUCGGGCAGGGGAACGUGUUCUACGGAAACAGGUGCGCCCAGGGCGGCGCCGCGAUCGGGGCGGACUACAAUUCCACCAUAACGGUCGAGGGGGGAACCUUCAUCGGCAACGAGGCGGACAUGGAGACUGAAGAGGAAGUCUGGCAGAAAGGCGAGCAGAGCGGGGGAGUGCUUUGGACGAGGGGUAACAUCUCCGUCCUAGGUGGGCACUUUUCCAACAACUCGGCUAAGAAUGGUGGAGUGAUUCAAGGCAGCCUCAAAAGCAGCGUGGUGGUCGAAGGAGGCACGUUCGAGAACAAUGUGGCCGAGAACGGCGCCGUUGUUUACGUCGUCGCAGACGGUUCUUUGGCGUUCAACGGGGGUCUGUUGCAAGGAAACAUGGCAAGCAACGGAGGGGGCGCGUUCUUCGCCGAGAGCGGUGCAGACAUCGAGAUAACCGGGGGAACCUUCAUCUCAAACAAGGCCGAUUUCGGGGGGUUUCUGUACAAAGCGGGCGAGGGCAAUGCCGCUUGCUCGGGAGCGACAGUUCUGCAGCACGAGGGCGUCGAUGGCGGCGCGAUCUACGCCGUCGAUGGCGCGAAUCUAGAGUGGGAGUGCCACCUGAGGGAGAACUCUGCCCUGAUCGGACCCGCCAUCUAUGCCCGCGACUACGCGGUGGUGGCUCUUAGCGGCGUCGAGGUGGCAGACAACUUCGUUACUCGCGGCAGCGCCAUUUUCGUUGUCAACAGCGCGCUCAUCACGUCUCAGGUGGUCGUUAGCGACACGUCGGAGAACCCCGACUUAUCGGCUGUGCAGACCGACAGACUGUCUACGUACAUAGCUGAAGACACCUCCUUCGUGGGCUUUGCUGGCGAGGUGGUCGUUUACGGUGAAGGGGAGCUGUACCUUGACGAGUGCGACUUCAGCGGCAGCUCGAGUGCGGUGCUGGUCUAUGCGGAACUGGAAGACGCUACGGUGAUCCGGAACGCUGUGCUAGGAGUAAAAACUUACGAAAACAUCGCCGACGACGCGUCAGACAUGUUGCAGCUGCCGAGCGCCGACAGGUUCAUCAACCUCAACCUGACGUGCGACUCGUCGGCGGUGUCACCUUGCGGCGAAGGCUCGUGGUGCCUCGAGGGUGACCUCGGCGUCUACUGCGAGCGCUACCAGCUCAGAUCCACCUUGGAAGAGGUGUGCGCCAGCGGAGACGUGGACGCGCUGACCCUGACUCUGAUCGAAGACACCGAAUCCCAACGAACCUUCUACCCGAGCUUGAUCGAAAGAGAGCUGCAACUGUCGCUGGCGGCUUCCAACGCAACCGACGCAGGCGACGACGACAUCGCCACCAGCAGCAGGAGCUGUGCCGGCGCUAACCGGGUGGCGUGGAGCGUGUCGGGGCUGUGGCCGCCCUCAGAGGAGGAGCAGGACGACUGGACGGUUUUCCCAUCGACAGGCUUGCUGCUCCCAGGGGAGAGCGUUCGCUUGCAGCUCGUGAGUCAGCCAAACGACGCAUUCAAUGGCUUCGCCAACAUCACCGUCCGAGCGAACGACAUCACUGCCCUAUCCACAACGGCGUCCAUCCUGGCGAGCGACGCGGAGCCUCAGAGUGAAGGCGGUGACGUCACGGUCAGCGUGGAGCACUACUUGUGCGAUGAGGGUAGCUUCUGGAACUCGAGCGUCUCGGGGGCAGAUCUCGACCCCACCGUGGCGUGUAAGCUCUGCACCGAGUCCAUCGAUGGCGCUGUUGAGGGGGUGGACUGCACAUCCGCCGGCGCUACAACGAAGGAGCUUCCGAUCAAGGCAGGCUACUGGCGGGCUAAAGUCACUUCCCUCACGAUACGCGAGUGCCUGAACGAGGAGGCUUGCAAGGGAGGGACGACCGUCGCAGAAGUGCAGGAAUACUGCAACGAGGGCUACGUAGGACCUCAGUGCGCUGUGUGCGGCACAGGCUUCGGAAAGGGAGUGGCGUACGAAUGUCACCCGUGCACGGCAGGCUUCCAGGGAGGCAUGUAUUUCCUGCUAGCCGUGGUGCUGCUGGCUAUGGUCGUGGUGGUCGUGCUUCUGACGAUAUACCUGGUGGGAGGAAAGAGCGCCGUGUCUUCCACCGUGGUGAGCACCAAGGAGUCCGCCCUCAGGAUCCAGCAUCGCGGAUCCGUCCUCCUCACCCGCAAGGUUAGCAGCUUUGGCAGGGCUCGGUCAGACUUCGGCGACCUGACCGAGGGCCCAUCGGUCGAGAGCUCCGCCGUUUCAACUAAAGCGUGGGGCACAGAGGGUAAGGCCGCUCCGACGGACGUCUCGGUUGGCGGAAGUCGCGGCCAGGGCACCGGCGGGACUGGAAACGACAGGGACGACGACGCGCCCCCGACGAGAGUUGCGAACCUGUUGGCCGCGCUCCCGCUGUCCAAGCUGAAGAUCGUCAUAGUGGUGUGGCAAAUAACCAGCGCGUUCGCAGACAUCACCAAGGCGCCGUUCCCACCGAUAUACGAAAAGUUUCUGUCGAUCAUCGGGAUAUUUUCCUUCGACCUGGGCUGGAUUCUGUCGGCGGCGUGUCUGACCACGGGCAUUGACUUCUACGACAAGCUUCUGAUCGUGACGAUCGGCCCGCUGGUGCCCCUCUGCUUCCUGGGGAUUACCUUCUUCGUGGGUUCGAGGCCGGCGAAGGAAACAAACAUGAGUCCUAACGCUACCACUGCUGAUGGUGGUGCUUCGGGAAGCGGGGGGAGGGAGCUGGAGGAGGGCAGGGUGCAAGGUGCCUGUUCGGGCUCGACGACGAGCGUGACGGCGAAUAGUGGAGCAGCAGCUCGCGAACCAUCGGUUCGGAGCGCCUUGAGGGCCAAGUCGGGGGACCGGAAGAACCCCGAGCAGGAACGUCUUUGGGGGCUGUUCGCCCGCCACACCACGAUGAUGCUGAUCGUGCUCUACCUUGUCUACACCCAGAUUUCGACCGUGGUCUUCCAGACUUUCGCGUGCGAACACUUGCCCGAGAUCGGCAAGAGGUACUUGAGGGCAGACUUCGGAAUAGAGUGCGACACACAACGUCACACGCUGUACAAGGCCUAUGCCGGCGUGAUGAUGUGUAUAUAUCCCCUCGGCAUUCCGGCGGUGUUCUUGUACUUCCUGUUGCGCCAACGUUCUCGCAUCAACCCUCCGACCGACGAGGCUCUGAAGAAACGCCGAGGUGGACGUCACGUCGUGGAACGAAAGAUGACCGUUCGCGACAAAGACCAAAGCAUCGCCCCGACGUCCUUCCUCUGGAACGCUUACUUUCCUAAGUGCUACUACUACGAGGUUUUCGAGUGCAUCAGGCGUUUGCUGCUGACCGGAAUCUUGGUGUUUCUUGUGCCAGAUACCCCUGGACAAGUCGCCUUCAGCUGCAUCUUUGCCAUUCUCAGCCUCAUGGUGUUCGAGCUUCUACGGCCUCACGUCAAUCAUAUUGACAGGCAGCUCUACCGAACGGGGUGCCUCGUCAUCCUGUUCACCAAUUUCUUGGCGCUGGUCAUCAAGUCGGGCGCAGCAGACAAGGACUCAAGUGGCAGCGCCGCGUACUCUGUGGCACUGGUCAUUGUCAACAUUAUGUUUUUCUUGUCCAUCUGGUUCAACGCUUGUACCACGGCGAAGGCGAUGUUCAGCAGGAGCCAUGCACAGGAUAUGCUUCUCGGGGUAGACAUCGUUGACGAGAGCACGAUCAACCAAGUGCUCGGCCCUGAGAAGAGGAAGACCAAAGAGCCGCACGGAACGGCCGGUGGAGACGCCAAGACCGAGGACAGGGAGGAACGCCCGUCUUGGGACGACGCCUCGACCUCGACGUUGCACUCGACGGCCGGGGGCAAUGCCGGCGACAAGCGUCCUUUGCCGGUUUUGGCUGCUACCCCGUCGAGCUAGGGAUUGGCCGUUGGAGGAAGCCUGCGGACCGCGUUGUCGAAGAUGGCGGCUAGCCCGUCCGAAGUGUCCGCCUCUGAAGCACCACUUCGCCGCGGCUCGGUAGACGAGCGCCUUCCGACGGCAUCUGUGGGGCUGGUGCCUCUUGAGCCGACCGCUGAAGGGGUGCCACCAAUGGCGUCGUAGCCCGGGGGGCAGGCAAGAGCAACCGCAAACAAUUCAAGUGCGAGACGUAACAUGGGCGGAGGAAGGGUCGACAUCAACAUGAUCUCCCAUACGCCCAGAUUCCAAGCGUUUUUUCUGUGUGCCGGCACAUGGGAAAACGGUCCCAGAGUAUGUUCUAUGGCGUACUACACAACCCUGUUCAUGUGUGUGUGUUUUUUUGUUUUACUCUGGCCUGGAUGCACUUAGUAUGCUAGUUAUGCUUGAUGACGUAGGCAUUUCAAUAGUUGACUUGGCGCCCAGCUGACCAGCGACAGAGUUCCAGUGACUGACUUUUGUUCGGCCCGAUCUGUUCGUGAAUUGUGGCUGUAGUAUCGAAUGUAUGACGUGUAUUGCGGUGUAGUAGGUGAUACUUGGUAUUGUAACGAAACGUAAUACAAAGGUCAGUAGAUUGCAGCGAAUAGAUUGCAGCGAAUAGAUUACAGCGAAUAGAGUUAUUGCUGAGGAAAAGCUGUAGCGAGAAGCCAUGGGGAGCGCAGCCCACCGUGCUCACUCCACCUUGCCGACCUGUCUCUCCGGGCAAGUUCUCAUUAAUACACCACAUAUUUUUCCAGAAGUCACGAGUUUCCAACACGCUAUAGCGACAAAAGUCAACUGCUCCAACGUCCCCCUGGGCGGCACGAGACUGUACGAGAGAGGCCUGAUCAACCUAUCUCAUCAUGGCUGGUGAAGAAGGAAAGUCUGCGGAUGACCCACCUCAGACUGCUGUAAAUCGUUCCUCUGCUGGUGCUGCAAGCUUUGGUUCGAUUGGAAUUGGAAGUGGGGCUUUAGGUAGCCAGUCUUUCGUUCCCGGGACUGAAGGUGGGGCUUUAGGUAGCCAAUCCUCUGUGCCACCCGCACCUACUCCGUCGAGUAAGUGGUGGGAAAGUGUCGCCAGUGGAAACACAUUGAUUCCUGGGGCCGGCAUUACACAUUCAGGAGAGAAAUUGGGUAGGGGUCCUUUUAAAGUCCCCAAGGCUCCUGUUUUCGAUGGGACCGACGUGUCCUAUCCCUCGUGGUCACAGAAUUUUCUGCUGAGUGCCCGGCACGACAAUCUGUAUCAAGCGUUUGUUUCUGAGACUGAGAUUCCAAUUGCUGACAUUGGUUUCGACUUGACCCCCUGGGGAGAGAAAGGAUUCCGUGUGGGUGUGCUGCGUCAGGCUGAAAUGGGAUAGUGGUUUCUGUUUGAUUGCUUGAAGAACGAAAGUCUGAAAACUAUGGCUAGGCACGCUGGUUCCCACAGCAAGGCGUUCCGAGUGCUCAAAGAUGGUAUAGUGGUAUUUAAUGGGAUGGGAUGGGAUGGAGUGGUAAUGGUAGCCGAAUU